AUGUUCCGUUGGCACCGUCCAACAUGUCGAAGGCCUGAUAUAUGUGCGGUUGAUACCGUGCUCUUCUGCUCAAGCUGUGACUCGGUAAUAGAGUUAUCAACCUUCCAAAUACCCUGUCUUUCAACCCAAUCUAGUCAUCAAGGCAAUUCCCUGGAGUCUCUAGACCUCCGGUGGCCAUUGUCGGUUCAAUAUUCCACGGACAGGAAAAGGGGUAGCAACGUCUUGGAACGCCAAGCCUUAGCCAAAGAUUCAAGGACACGCCCUACUGGUAUACCAAAAUCAAGUCAGUCGUGUCUUGGGGAGAAUGGGUCCGCUACUAGGUCCUAUUCCGAUGGAAAUUUAUAUCCUUCUUUGGCUCAAAAAUACGACAUUCGACUUCUCAGGCUUUCUACUACGUCCUCGGAUGAUUAUCUCCAUGGCGACUUGGAUGUUGCCGAUUUAACCAACCCUAACUCGUUUGAAGCACUGUCAUAUUGCUGGGCAGGAGAAACCAACAACAAUGAUAAAACAAAGUCAAUAUUCAUAGGAACACUCUGGGACAUAGUUCCCAUCACUAGGAAUUGCGAUUCGGCUUUACGACUUCUACUUUCGAAGGGCCAUUCAAAUCUAUGGGUUGACUCUAUUUGUAUCAACCAGGAAGACCCCUACGAACGGUCACAUCAAGUCGCUAUAAUGCGUGAUAUUUACUCUAAAGCUUCGCAAGUACUUGUGUAUAUGGGACCUACUGCAGAUGACAGCGACGAUGCAAUGGAUGCAUUGAAUAUGCUUUCUCAAGCAGUAGAACCCGAUCUAAGCACUUCUCAGAAACUAGGUCUAGAGCGCCUUUUCAAAAGACGGUACUUCUCCCGCGUCUGGGUCAUCCAAGAGAUUAUUAUGGCUCGAAAGGUUACUCUAUACUGCGGGGAUAAGAGCGUUUCUUGGACGUCAUUUGGCGACCUGAAAGUACCCUACCGCUAUACUCACAACGUGCCUUGGCUGUUAGAAUAUGGCCAAGGAAAUGACAAUAGAAUGAGUGAGUUAGAUGGUCUUUUGCAGCUCUUAGAUGCCACCUCAAGCUGCCAAGCUUCUGACCCUAGAGAUAACGUGUUCGCCGUACUUGGCCUCCUACGCAAUAGUAUCUUCGAGGGGUUGGCUCCUGACUACCUCUUAUCAAAGGAAGAGGUUUACAUUGGCAUUGCAUCAUACCUUAUUAUACGUCACAGCAAGACCGAGAUCUUAUUAUAUCCGAAGAAAAAUCCACCGAACUCGCUUCCUACGUGGGUUCCGGACUGGUCUAUCUACCGUCCAGCCAAGAUACCAUUAGAAGGCUGCGAGAAUAACACGGUCUACGGCAUAUCUCUAUCCGACGUUGCUAUUAGACUGGAACAGUCAAAAAUGGCAGAUCAGGACGAGUCCAAUCUUUGCUAUGAAGACGACGACAGUUUUAAAGUGGAAUAUUCUCAAAGUCUCCCUAGGAGGGGGAAUAAAACUCAAAACAUCGUAUGGCUCGUAGGCCCCCAAACUACCUGGACGCUAUUUACGACUAGUCCUGAGAAAUCUCCUCGUAUCCGGCACUUCUCAAAAUCGUUGACGGAAGACGAUACUGAAAGGAUACCCGGCACCUUAUCAAGUGUCAAUGCGCACACAGGAGCCUUAAGCAUACAAAGCUACAUCGUCACAAGUCUCGAGUCAUUCUUCCAAGUUAAUCACUGCGACUUUAUUCAAAGGAUUUCUUUCCCAGGCCUCGAGUGCGACUUCGAGUGGAUAAUUAGGACGGAAAUCCCCGCAACUGCAGAGCUUGACGUCGUGGUGUAUGUCCCGGGCUGCAGUUCAUAUCUACACCUGCGAAGAAGCUCAACUAGCGACGAUUAUAGUCUUAUCGGUACGUGUCGAGUGGGAUUUCGUCAAAGCACUGUAAAAACUAUACCGUUGGAUUUACCGGUGAAACUUCGCAAUCUUACGUUUGCCAACGCUGUCGACAUAAAUACUUCUAGCCAAGAAUGUAACACCAACCGCCUCCACGCAUCCUACGGUUUCGACCGGUCAUUCAUUGAGUUUCUGGUUGAUCUUGUUGAAAGUAGAAUCGGAAUGCAUAUAAUAUCCUACUUCAGAUCUCAAGACGCGAGUCUUAGUAACUUGCGAACAACCGUACUUAGCAGAUACUUCCAAGAUAGAAUUGGGAUAUCAGCCUUCUGGAAAACCGGUUCGGGAUGGAAGGUCACUGCAAUUAGAGGCUGGGAUACCGAAUACAUCAAACGUGUGUGUGUUAUAAUGGCAGAGCAGCUCGAAUUCUGGACCCGGCAUACCACCUGGAAGGCCCUUGAUUCCAUCGGGACUUGUAUGGAUUCGAUGAACAUGUUGAGCCAAAUGUGGUCUGACUGGAACAAAGCUGCGAAAGUCCUUGCGGCUAUUGAAAAAGGAUCAUUGACGAAGAAUGUGAAUGAUCACCCCGAUACAGCACGCUCUAUCGAUUGCCACGAAUAUGCCCACGGCAUAGAACCCCAGACCGCUACAAGGCUUGGCCUUCCAAAUUCUUGCGCAUCCCUCUCGUCGUUAGUAUCUACCCUAACGAAGUUGUCAAUAGAGAUGAUGCACCAAGUAGACUUUGAACAGGAACUCUUUAGCUGCUAUGUUCCCGGGAUAGAUUACGAGGGUGAAGAUGGGAAGCUAAGUGUAGCCGAGCGCACCCAAUUGGGGAGGUUAUACACUCAUUUCAUAAGGAGCUCGGCUGAAACAUCGAAACGUUCCCUUCACGACCCUCUAAUAACCUUGGGGACCGAAACCUUCUACAAUAUGGUUAAAUCUAGAAUUGCUAUUCUCGAAUGGAUUAAACCUAGCUGGGAGUCGUUCCAAGCCCGCCUUGUGGAAUUUCGACAAGUUUGUGUACACAUCACAGCCAUCGACGCAUUUCAAGAAGGCAUAAGCGAAUUUCAAAAUAUUGUGAUUGUGUGA